AUGAAGCACCAAGGUCUCGGCUCCAAAAUGAUGGCCUUGGUAACCGAAUACGCAGACACAUACAAUUACCCGGUUUACCUUGAAAACUCAAAAGAGGAGAACUUAAGGUUUUACGAGAAGCACGGGUUCGUCGCCCUCGAGAGACUGCAACCCUUCGGAGACACUUCCUGCUUGUGGCGAAUGCUCCGACCCAUGAAGAAUCCCAAGCGACCUGCUGGUGAGAGACUUUCCGACUCCGAUGUUUGUUGCUGA